CGUGGAGGUAUUCCUUCUCAGAGCGAGGCUGCGUCUGACACAGGCGCGCCGGAACCCGGAAAUGGAGGGGGAGGUGGCUGUGGUCGCGAGCGCAGCGGCGGAGUUUAGCGGCUGACAGGCAGCGGCGGGGGAGCCGCGCGGAGCGCCCGGCGCGGGGCAGAUUAUGAAAAUAUUCUGAUCAAUCUGUUUUUAAAAAAAAAUUCAGAACUGAAUUAAGGCUUCACCAUAAAUCUUUUCUGCUGCUUAUGAAGUUUCUGAUGUUAAAGCUGUACUAUUGAAAUGAAGAAAAGGAGAAAGUUCCCUGGAAAUCUGAAUGAGAAAAUACAUCUUGGCCAUGAGAAAAAUAUUUCUGAUGGGAUUCUUGUAGAUUCUGACCAAGAAACUGUCACCAAAUCUGCUGAAGUAGCUAUUGCAGGCCAGCUUGAGUGUUCCCAAGAACUUCCUCCAUCACCAGAACAAAGAAAACUCUUAAGUUCACUGCAGUAUAAUAAAAAUCUACUUAAAUAUUUAAAUGAUGAUAGACACAAACAACCAUCUUUUUGUGACUUACUUAUCAUAGUAGAAGGAAAAGAAUUUAGUGCGCACAAAGUUGUUGUAGCUGUUGGCAGUAGUUAUUUUCAUGCUUGUUUGAGCAAAAACCCAAGCACGGAUGUUGUCACACUGGAUCAUGUAACUCAUUCUGUUUUUCAGCAUUUGCUUGAGUUUUUGUACACAUCUGAGUUUUUUGUGUAUAAAAAUGAAAUCCCUUUAGUGUUGGAAGCAGCUAAAUUUUUAGACAUAAUAGAUGCAGUCAGACUGCUCAAUAAUGAAAAUAUUUCCACCAUACAAUCUGAAGUGGUAACUGAAAACCCAGUACCAGUUGAAACUCUCAAUGAAUUGACUGGAAAACUAUCAAAUAGUCACCAGUGCACUUUUUGCAGUCGAAACUUCUGUUACAAGAAAUCCCUAGAAAACCACUUGGCUAAAGCUCACAGAUCCCUUCCACUGGAAAAAAAACAUGGGUUAAAAAUGGUUGAGAAAGCAGACUUUUCUACCAGAAGAUCUACAAGGAACCGUAAAUGCCCAGCUAAGUUUGAUAACAGUGAUAACGAAAGCAGUGAUGUGUCUGACAACAACUUGGAUAAAGUGCAUUCUGAGAGAGAAAUGUCUGUUAAAAAUGAAUGUGAAGAUAGUGGAAGUGAGUGCAAUGCAGAUGAAGAGGGUCAGGAAGAAGAAAUAUCAGAUGAAGAGUCAGAUACUGAAGAGCAAAGUAAAAAAGAACAUAAUGAUACUGAAGUGAGUCCUGAGCUAGUUGAUUCAGUAGGAAAUAUUCCUGAAGGUUUAACUCCAGUCGUCAUUCAGAGUAGUAGCAAAAAACUAUUGCAGUGUCCCAAGUGUGACAAAACAUUUGAUCGAACAGGGAAGCUCGAGAUCCAUACCCGUGUGCACACAGGUGAGAAGCCCUUCGAGUGUGAUAUUUGUCAUCAGCGCUAUUCCACAAAAUCUAACCUGACAGUUCACAGAAAGAAACACAAUAAUGAAACAGAAUUUCAUAAGAAGGAGCACAAAUGUCCAUAUUGUAAUAAACUGCAUGCAAGCAAAAAGACUCUAGCAAAACAUGCAAAGAGGUUUCAUCCAGAGAACGUACAAGAAUUUCUUUCGAUUAAAAAGACAAAGAGUGAAGGCUGGAAAUGUGAUAUUUGUAAGAAAUCUUUUGCUCGAAGACCCCAUUUGGAAGAACACAUGAUUCUUCACACUCAGGAUAAACCUUUCAAGUGUACCUAUUGUGAAGAGCACUUUAAAUCCCGGUUUGCAAGAUUGAAGCAUCAAGAAAAAUUCCAUCUUGGCCCUUUCCCAUGUGAUAUUUGUGGUCGUCAGUUCAAUGACACUAGAAAUCUAAAACGCCAUAUAGAAUGUACUCACGGGGGGAAGAGAAAAUGGGUGUGUUUUAUAUGUGGAAAAUCAGUCAGAGAAAGAACAACUUUGAAAGAACAUUUGAGAAUUCAUAGUGGGGAGAAGCCUCAUCUUUGUAGUAUUUGUGGGCAGAGUUUUCGUCAUGGAAGUUCCUACAGACUUCAUCUACGAGUUCACCAUAAUGACAAGAGGUAUGAAUGUGAAGAAUGUGGGAAAACGUUUAUUCGGCAUGACCAUCUAACAAAACACAAAAAAAUACACUCAGGUGAAAAAGCACAUCAGUGUGAGGAGUGUGGAAAGUGUUUUGGCCGCAGAGAUCACCUAACUGUCCAUUACAAAAGUGUUCAUCUAGGAGAGAAAGUGUGGCAAAAAUAUAAAGCAACAUUUCAUCAGUGUGAAGUUUGCAAGAAAGUUUUUAAAGGGAAAUCAAGUUUGGAAAUGCAUUUUAGGACACAUUCAGGUGAGAAACCAUACAAAUGUCAAAUUUGUAGCCAAUCCUUUAGAAUUAAGAAGACAUUAACAAAACACAUGGUUAUUCAUUCAGAUGCUCGACCUUUUAACUGCCAGCAUUGCAAUGCAACAUUUAAACGAAAAGACAAGUUGAAAUACCAUAUUGACCAUGUGCAUGGAACAAAGGCUGCAGAAGAAACAGUAACCACUUCUGAAGAAAAAGUAAUCUCCUUGCCAGUACAGUACACCCCUGAUGACAAAGUUUUCCAAAUUGAGUCUAAACCAUACAUGGAUCAGCCUGAAGUUUACGAAACAGAAGUCAAACCUAUGCUACAGAAUGUACCAGCAGAAGUAUGUGUGCCAGUAACACUGGUACCAGUUCAGAUGCGGGAACCUCAAGCUGAUCUAGUACAACAUAACACUACUCUCUCACCCCAGUCUCAUGGUAUUCUUCCCCCACAGGCACAGCAGCCAGAUUAUCAACGAACGGAUUUGGCAUUUCUGGAAAAAUAUACUCUCACUCCCCAGCCUGCAAAUAUAGUACAUCCUGUCAGACCUGAGCAAAUGUUGGAUCCUAGAGACCAAUCUUACCUUGGAACUUUAUUAGGGCUUGAUACAGCUCCAACUGUACAGAAUAUGUCAAAUAAUGAACAUUCAUGAUUGGACCCCUAACAUUCCACUUAACUUACUAAGCCAUUAGCCACCAGAAGGCUAAUAUGGCUAUUAAGUUUUGUAGUUCAUUUGGACUUCUAGUCUUCUGAACAGUUUUGUUAAGUGCAAGGAAAAAAUAGAUUUGUUUACAUGUAUGAACAUUAAGACACAUUUUAAUGUAUAUUUAUAGUGUUUCUUGUGGUUUUAAAGGCUUUUAAAAAUCUUAUAGCAGGUCUUUUGAAAAUAGGUUCUCAAAUAUCUUUUAAGAAUACUAGCUGCAGCAAACUUUAAUCCCAUACCUGGCCAUUAAUAAAAAUAAUUGUUCAUAUGUCUGCAUCUCACUUUCCAAAUAAACCUUUCUGUGGAUAAUGGAAAAUAUACUAGAAGGUUUAAGGGUUAUGUUGAAUUCAUUAGGGUCACGAUCGGAAAAAACAUGAAACUAAACCUCUUAAUGAUCCCUCACCUUAAAAUAAAAUGUAACUUAAUCCCAGACGAACCUGGUUACAUUUUUUUACUGUAAUUCAUAUCUGAGUAGUGGAAUUAUGAAUCUGAGAAUAUAAAAAGUACUUGUGCUCUCUUAACCUUGGUUCAGUCUUCUAUAAAGUUUCCAACAUUUGGGCCUUGAAAGGCUGAGAGAUGUGGUGGUAAUAUACUGUAACCCUCAGGCAGUAAUAAAAGAUUGGACUACUUCAUCCUUGUUUAUGAGCACAGAAUCAAACCAAGCUGAAGCCCUUACUAGUAUGCCCCAUUUCUACAAUACUGAUAUGUAAAGUAAUUUAAAAAGCUCUUUUCAGAAAAGUAAUUUGCUUAAAUUUGUUAAAAGAUUAAUGAAAUCAGUAAUUAUAAAACUUCAGCUGGCUUCUGGAAAAGAAAGUGAAAGGAAGUCAUUUGUUUUUUCACCUUACGUGAUAUACAUCGUAUGUAGGUGACAAAUAAUUAGGAAGAGGAAAGAAGAUUAGAACAUGUAAUGCCUUUAACUAUUCUUUUACUGUUUCCUUACUGUUUUUCUAAUGUGGAACCAAAUCAAAUCCACUAUCUAGAAUAAUUUAAAUUAUUAAAUCCCUCAAAUUCUCUUCUAAGUAGAGCCCUGCAAAUCCAUGGACAUCUACCGAUCAUUUUUGUGGAUUGUGGAUCAGAUGCGCAUACAGACUCUGUAUUCGCGCAGGGCUCUACUUCUAACCUCAUUCCCGAAAUAAUCCUUUCCUUGUUGUAGGCUUAGUCAAUCUUGUGCCAAAGGAAAUACAUAGAAUCAUACUUGUUUCUCAAUUAUGUCUCAUUAGGGAUUACAUUUUAGACUAAACUUUCCCUACUUCCCAUAAAAACCUGGUUUUCUCACUUUUAUUAUUAUUGUAAAUUUUUUAUAUCCAAUUUCUAAAUUAUGAAACUGGAAGUUCAUUUGCCACGGUGAGUUAUUAAACUUCUGCAUUUGGUAGGAGCAUAAUAGUCUCUGAAAAAAUGUCAGCAUCCUACCGCUACAAACUCUUAAUGGCCCUGUCUUGUAAAAUGCUAAUCACUUUCUGUGAUGUGUUUGAGUGCUUUGCAGGAUUGGGGUCAGAGCUGGGUGUUUGGUCAUGUGUAGAAGCUUUUCAACCUAACUGAUUCUCAUCUAAGUGCACCAAAGACUUCUGUUAGCAGUUGAAUAGUACUAGCAUGCAUAGAAUUUAAAUGUAUCAUUAUUUAAAUAAGGACUUGUCCAAAGAAGCACAAUAGAAGUCCUAGACUUACAGAUCUUUAAAAUUCAGUUCCUAUAGUAGGACCAAGUGUAUGUUUAACUGUUGUGUUUAUAUGUACAAAGCAAGAUGAGAGAAAUACUCUGGGAACGCUCAUACUGAGAUGCUGUAUAUAUGUCAGGUAAAAAGAUGAGUACUAAUUAAGAUUAUACAACAAUAUUCAGCCCACUGAAUGCCAUCUUCUAAAAGGACACUGUCAAGUACUGCACUUCCUGCUUGUCCUCUGCAAAAAAUUUUUUUAAAUCACCACCAUACUUAUGCUACAAUGCACAAAAGUACUAUUUAGUUUGUACCUUUCAAGUUGACAAGCACUGGAGUUUUUACCCCUCUGUAUACCUUUCCAAAGUUUAUGUUCAUACUGUCAGAGAUAAACUGACAUCAGUGCUCUCAGCACAGUUCUGAGACUGACAUUCUACCUUUGCAUUCUUUACUGACUUUCUUCCUCUGCAAUGAGUGUGGAGAGGAUUGCAAUUAAACAGUGGCAUAAAAAUAUUGGUGGUUAAGUUCUGUUGUUUUGUUUUUUAAAUCCAAUCAGUCUGGAACACACUUCACGUUAUUUAAAUGUUGAGAUUGAAGUUGGGGCAUAUAUUACUUAAUGUUCUUUUUAAGUCUGUCAUGAUUGUGCCUAUUUAUACAUUGGCUGAUCACUCUAGUUGAUUAAUUAUUAAAGACCAUAUUAAAGCGAAUAUUUUCAAAAGUGCCUAGUGAUUUUGGGUGCUCAACUGGAGCCACUUUAAAGGUGUUUAAGUUGGGUACCCCAAAUCACUACACUCUUAAAAAUGUUGGCCUAAGAGUUCAUCAGUGCAGUUUUACAGUUAACCAAACUAGUUUGCAUCUUUACCUGCUGGUCAGGCUCAGUCGUUGCCUGAAGGGAAAAAUAAUUUAUGUAGGAAAACUUACAUAAAAGUGCUAAAUUAUUAAAUAGUAUAGCUUUUGGGGUUUUUUAUGUGCUGGGUUUUGAUUCUUAUGCCCUUAUGGGUAUAGUGAAUUUGCAUGUGAGUCAAGUAAAUCACCAUGGAGUGGUACUUCAUCCUAUAAGCAGGAAGAGAUCAUCUUCAACCUGAGAGAGCCCUAUUUCUGAAUAAAAUGGUUUGGAUUGAGAGAAAAAUAUGAACUAUCUUGACUGCACAGAUCAGAGCUUCUUGGCCAUGGUACCUUCAUAUCAGUAAACACAUGUAUUUGUACUUACAUAACUAGAACAUAUUCUGUGAGCAUUGAGAAAGUGUUUUUACAAUUAAGGCUGCUUUAAUCUGGUAGCACUGACUCAUCUCACCACUUAAAGCUGAAGGAGGAAGUGGGGGUCUCUUUAAAAUGUCACGUUCUGAUCAGUGCCAAAUAUUUAAAAGUUGUUUGUUUUUUCUUCCCACAAAAACAGCUGUGGAAGAAAAAUGGAACCUUCGUUUGUGCUCUUCUAUCUAAAAGGUUUCAGAAUAACAGCCGUGUUAGUCUGUAUUCGCAAAAAGAAAAGGAGUACUUGUGGCACCUUAGAGACUAACCAGUUUAUUUGAGCAUAGGCAUAUGCAUCUGAUGAAGUGAGCUGUAGCUCACAAAAGCUUAUGCGCAAAUAAAUUGGUUAGUCUCUAAGGUGCCACAAGUACUCCUUGUCUAUCUAAAAGGGUUUUUGUGAAAUUUUCUUUAAAUCUUAGACUCUUGUGUAGUUCUGCAAAAAUUACUGCAUCUAUGUUCUGUUUACAUACUGCAUAUACCUUUCAAAAAAACCUUUUAUUUUUUUUUCGCUUGUAUUUAUCGGGUCACUGGUUAUUCCAGGAUAUCAUAUCUUUGAAUGGUUUCAGAGUAGCAGCUGUGUUAGUCUGUAUCCACAAAAAGAAAAGGAGUACUUGUGGCACCUUAGAGACUAACAAAUUUAUUUGCGCAUAAGCUUUCGUGAGCUACAGCUCACUUCAUCAGAUGCAUUCAGUGGAAAAUACAGUGGGGAGAUUUAUAUACACAGAGAACAUGAAACAAUGGGUGUUUCUAUACACACUGUAACGAGAGUGAUCAGGUAAGGUGAGUUAUUAGCAGGAGAGUGGGGGGGGGGGACCUUUUGUAGUGAUAAUCAAGGUGGGCCAUUUCCAGCAGUUCAUAAGUACGUCUGAGGAACGGGGGGGAAUAAACAUGGGGAAAUAGUUUUACUUUGUGUAAUGACGCAUCCACUCCCAGUCUUUAUUCAAGCCUAAGUUAAUUGUAUCCCGUUUGCAAAUUAAUUCCAAUUCAGCAGUCUCUCGUUGGAGUCUGGAUUUUUAAGAAAUUCUUCCUGAGCAUUGCUACUUUUUUUUUUUUUUUACAGUAGUAUCGUUUUCCAAGGCUGUCCUUAUUCUGAACAACAGCAGUAGUAGUGAUAGUGGUAUAGCUUGGAUUAUAUUGUGGUGUACUUUGAAGAUAAAAUAUGAUUUUACUUUUAAUUUGCAUCAUUUUAUUUUUAAAGAUGAAUCAUGUCUCAGAAACAAAAGACAAAAUGUAAAGAAAACUGAUACACUGUAGUGAACAAUCCUGGUGAGAAACAUAUUGGGAACAGAAUUUUUCGGACAGGUCACUUGUUCCAAUAUCCAAAACAUAAUGCUUCAGAACAAGUCAAUAACUUCUUCAUAAUAUGUUUGAUCAGAUAUAAAAUUCAUUAUUAUGUAGACAGGGAAUGAAUUACCCCCCCUCUCUUUUUUUCCCUCCACUCCCCCCCCCCCCCCAAGAUAGAACUUUCAUGUAAAGCAGAUGUGAACUGUGAGAAUAUAGUUGCAAAUUAGAGCUUUUUUCCUUCUUGGGGUGGGGAUGGGGAAUCCAUUCAUGGAUAUCUGCAUAAAAGUAACAAAAGCAAUUCAAGAUCAAUUUCCAUAAUAUAUAUAUCCUUAUGAUUGCGGUCGUCUUUGACCUUGUUUAUAAGAUCAGGAGUAUCUAGGUCAUGUCAUCAUGGGCCUCUUCUUUAACAAGCUACCAUGCAUAAGUAUUAUUACUGC